CACGCCAGCAACCCGGGGGCGAGAGUACACCAUGAUAAGCGGCGGCGUGCCACUGCGCGCUCCCGCUUCCGCCUCGCACUAUGCUCUUGCUCAAAACCUGGCCGACCACCUUUCUCCUGCCCAAACGACUAAAGCUAGUGUUUCUGGCGGGACGGCGUGAUCUCGACAGCAGCGCCGGCGCGGGACAGACCCCGACCCCAACUCCAGUUUCGACACCGACACAGACUCGCUGCCGCCUGUCGACGGACGCUUCCCUCCCCACGCAGCAGGACCCGCGGCAGCCCAUCCUGCUCUCCUCGCACGCCCAAGCCGCCACCCAAGCCGCUACGCAAGCCUCUCAUCUGCCGCACCCGACAAUGGCUUCACAGCCUCAGUCCGACAGCCCGCCGCGGGUACAGCGAUCACUCUCCACCCUCUUCCCCCUCGGCUACAAGGAAGCUGCCCAACAAUGGUGGACCAAUGUCUCCUCGCGCCAGGCCGAGCGCAACGUCCUCGCCUUUGUUCCCUUCAUCCGAGAAGCCAGCGCCGAGUCCGCCGGGUCCCAACUACAAGACCUCGCCAAGAGCGACCCGUUCGGCCAGAGGGUAUGGAGGUCGUCCAUGGUCCAGCUGUCCGGCAAGAACCGCGCCCUUAACGAGCUUUACAUCGAGCGCGUGGGCGAGCAGGCCGACGACACCCUGGUCAUGCUCCACGGUUACGGCGCCGGCCUGGGCUUCUUCUACAAGAACUUCGAGCCCCUGAGCCGCGUGCCCGGCUGGCGGCUGUACGCGCUGGACAUGCUGGGCAUGGGCAACUCGUCGCGGCCAACCUUCAGGAUCCACGCCAAGGACCCCAAGGAGAAGAUCGCCGAGGCCGAGAGCUGGUUCAUCGACGCGCUGGAAGAAUGGCGCAAGAUCCGCAAGAUCGAGAAGUUCACCCUGCUCGGCCACUCCAUGGGCGGCUACCUCGCCGUGUCCUACGCGCUGAAGUACCCUGGCCGGCUGAACAAGCUCAUCCUCGCCUCGCCCGUCGGCAUCCCCGAGGACCCCUGGGCCGUCAACGCCGACAUGCCCGAGCCGGAGGAGUCCACGCUCGCGAACGAGUUCACCCAGGACCAAGAAAGCAUCGUCAGUGGCCAGCCAUCCGGCGGCAACGCUGCCGUCGCGCGCGGUCCGGCGGCCGACAAGCGCGCCGCCGCCGCGAAGCCGAGCACGCCCGCCACCCCUCCCAAGCGGCCCAUCCCGAGCUGGCUGGUCUGGCUCUGGGACGCCAACGUCUCGCCCUUCAGCAUCGUGCGGCUCGCCGGCCCGCUCGGCCCGCGCUUCGUCUCCGGCUGGACCUUCCGCCGCUUCAACCACCUGCCGCCGGACGAGAAGGAGGCGCUGCACACCUACUCGUACUCCCUCUUCCGCCAGCGAGGCAGCGGCGAGUACGCCCUGCCGUACCUGCUCGCGCCGGGCGCCUACGCGCGCAGCCCGGUGAUCAACCGGAUCCAGGACGUCGGCCGCCAGGAGAUCCCGCCGGCCGCCGCCGACGACCCGUCAGCCCCGCCCCGCCGCGAGACCGGCAUCCCCAUCGUGUUCAUGUAUGGCGAUAGGGACUGGAUGGACGUCGCGGGCGGCUACGCCGCCGAGGAGAAGAUCAAGCGCCGCGUCGUGCAGGCCCUGCUGCACGCCUCCCCCGAGGAGAAGCGCCGCGAGAACGGCUCCGCCAAGGUCGUCGUCGUCCGCAACGCCGGCCACCACCUGUAUCUAGACAACCCGGACGAGUUCAACAAGAUCGUCAGGAAGGAGAUGGAGGAGACCAGGGCGAGGGGGCUGCGCGAGAGGGAGAUGGAUGGGUUAUCGUAGGGACGCGGCUGGCUGGGUAUUACGGGACCGGUUGGUCCUGGUUUUUUUCCUUUCUUCUUGAAAUCCACAUGAGGCGUUUGAUGCGGCAUGGCGUGGCGUUGGAGGAGCGAGUGGGUGCAAUGGCCGGUGUGGCCGUGGGUCUAUUGCUCGACGUGGAGUCGGA